AUGGCUGACAGCGACACUCACGACGAUCACGGGGAGCCCCCCAAUGCGCGACACCACGCGGGCCGCGACAACGUCUUGCAGCCCUCCAAGUCUGGCAGUGACGAUGCAUCCAGUCCCGAAGCAUGGCCUCUAGAGAGUCUCGCGGGGAUAAAAGCACAUGGCGACCAGUUCGUCCAAGAAUACAUACGUCUAUGCAAGCUCCGCCCCAAGACUCGUUCGGGCAGUCUCCUCUCUUCGUACCAGGAUAUCAUCAAUGCAGUAGCGCGAUAUGUAGAGAGGGUCAAGAUUAUGGAGGCCACCAUGAGCACCAAGGCGGAAGAGACAGCUCAAGAGAAGAAGACGUCACAGCCACCAGACCUUCCCGCGGACUCCAAACUACCCUUACGGGACGAUGACUAUCUUCCUCCGCACGACCGUGAUGGAGCUCAGGACACGACAGCAAUACCUGAAGAUGUAUCAGCUAUUACGGAUGUUCCAGUGCUCAAAGACAAGAUCGGUCAGGCACAGUCAGGCAUUGUGGGCGCGGGACAGAUGAAGAAGUGA